AUGCAGACGGAGCAGUGGAAGAAUAUUCAAGAGUUUCAUGUUAAAGGACUGAUCGUCAAUGGAUCACUUUGUGACUUUGCACAUAUUUCUCGCUUGGAAUUAAAAGUUAUAACAGUUACAACAGGGGAUUUGAUUUUUCUCAAAGAGGCGUUCAUGACAAUGGCAACAACUAAAAACCAUGUAUCAUUAUGCGAAGUUCGAAGACAAAGAACAACUGGAUAA